UGUAUGUGUGUAUGCUCUCUAUCGCCCCUGUAGCUGGGAACGUGGUAUUGCAGCAGAUACACACUACCGGAUGUGUGUGUGGCUUUAGCCAAUGAGAAAGGCCCACGGAGAGGGAGGGAGGAGCCGUGUAGUUUUAUUGGAUGCGCCCACGCACACUGUUUCUGGGUUUUAAUCUUCAAUUCCUUAUGUUUUGACUGUUUCAACGGAAAAAAAACACUUAAUUUAGACUAAGCAACAGGUUGCUGUAAUCCUAUAGUAUUUAACUAAACAUUUGAUAUAGUUUCAUGUGUAUUUCUAGUCGUGUGAACAGAAUAAUUCUUAAUGAAGUAAGGUUUUAAUCAGAUGGCUAACAUUAGCUGCUAAAAGCCCACGGACACGGCAUUUUAAACCGGAAGUUCCACGCGCUUCGACUCUGAUCAUCACGGCACAGCACUCUUCAUGUGAGAAGCAGGUAGGUGAAGUUAUUUGACUUUGUACAUGAUAUUCGUUUCAAUUCUUACUCAAUUUCGUAGCGCAACUAAAUGAUAGUUAAUGAUGUAGCAUUUUAUUCAGAUCAUAGCUGAUAAUGUUAUGAGCUGGUGAUGCGUGAUAGAUCGAUAGCUGAUAAUGGCGGCUGCGUAAGAAGCAUUUUAUUGCAUUACAUGAUAAUUUGACUCCGUUUUCUUUAUAGUUUUGCAAAAAUCCACUAAUGUAUUGGUUUGACAACGAUUUUAGACUUUUUUACCUCAUGUUUUAAUUGAUCAGACAUGAUGGCAGAUCGCGUGCAGCUGACAGACUAACUUAUCUGUUUAUUGAUCUAUCUUACAGUAUUUACAAUAUGGCUGAAUAGAUCUAGCUUAACUAUCAUUUCUGUGUUAUAUCUGUUGUCUGACCUGUGCAAGCUACAUUUAGUUUUUUCCCCAUGCUAAUUUCUUUUAUUUUGUAUGUGUGUAUGUGUAACUAUUUUCAGCACCAUAAUGUUGAAAAGGAAGACAAGGAUCCGGCCUGUUGAUGAUGCCAGGACACACAUUCUGUCUUUGAGGGACAAGCCUGGGUUUAUGGAACGAUUUAUCGAUAAUAACAAAGGUAGAGGAGUGUUUGCUACCCAGCCUGUGGAAGCCGGAGCUUUUGUUUUGGAGUACAGGGGUGAACUCAUUUCAGCAGAAGAAUGCCGGGCGAGAGACUACACUGAGUUACAGAGCACAUUCCUGUUCGAAUUUGAGUGGCAGAAGCGUCACUGGUGUAUUGAUGCAUCCAAAGAAGACGGUUCUCUUGGAAGAUUGAUUAAUGACAACCACAAAUCUCCAAACUGCACCAUGAAAAAAAUCAUAGUAAACGACACGCCACAUUUGUGUCUAUUUGCUGUGAAGAAAAUUGAAAUAGGAAGUGAAAUCGAAUACAACUACGGUGAUUCACAAUGGCCGUGGCGUAAAAAGGAGCCAAAGCAGCAGACUUCUGUUAUAGAGACCAAAACAUCCCUAACAGAUCACUCUUCCCAUGAUGCCUCCAACAAAGAUGCUGUCGUCACGCAGGAGCCAAAGCAGCAGACUUCUGUUAUAGAGACCAAAACAUCCCUAACAGAUCACUCUUCCCAUGAUGCCUCCAACAAAGAUGCUGUCGUCACGCAGGAGCCAAAGCAGCAGACUUCUGUUAUAGAGACCAAAACAUCCCUAACAGAUCACUCUUCCCAUGAUGCCUCCAACAAAGAUGCUGUCGUCACGCAGGAGCCAAAGCAGGUAUUUACCAUCAAAGGGUUUUCUCUAGUGAACUAUACCGAAAGUGAUGAGACGGAUGAGUAUAUUAAAGACAACCCUCCCAGUCCACACUGUGAUGUUGUUCGAAAGAAGACGAGGAAUGGAAACAUUCAGGUGAUUGGAGUAGCUGAUUUUUCUGAUCCUCUGAUUGACUCAAAUGAGAGUAUAGUAGAUGAAACUGAUGAGGAUUCUAGUCUGCAGUCAGACAAUGAAGUUGUUCCAAAAAAUCUUUUGAUGGAUAGAGUACCAAAUUGUUCUGUUCCUCUUAAUGAGUCAAGUGAUGACAGCAUAGAUGAGCCUUCCACUCCUAUGUCUGGAAUGGCUUCACAAAGGCCGAGGAGAAACUGUCACCGUCCUGUAAAGAAACUGCUGUCAAAAGAAGCUGGACAACAGGUGAAUGUGCGGCAGUAGAAAGGCACCUAAGGAAAUUCAUUGUGAGGAGCCAAGUUCCAGGGAAAAAGGACUGUCAGCGCUGCGUUGAUGCAGAAGCUCAAGCUUUAGGAAAUCGAGACUGGAAGGCGGUAAAAUACUUCAUCAAAAAUCGUAUUUCUGCCAUAAGAAGGAAAGUACAGUGAAAUACAGGUAGCUCAACGUAUUGGAUGCCUUCCCACUAGCAUUCACAUCGGGACAUGUUCUAAGUGUUUUCAACAGUUGAAAUUGUUGUUUUUUAUUGUAUUAUCCUCUUAAAGGGUUAGUUGUCACCAUUUACUCUUAUUUGUCAUUUCAAACCCAUAAGAAAUUAGUUCAUCUUUGGAACACAAAAUAUGUUUUGAAUGUUUCCUCCAUUGUUUGCAUUGCCGCUCUGUCCAUUACUUGAGGGGUUCCGAUUGCAUUAGGCAGUUUGUGAAUGAAUGUGAUGACAUCAAACACCCCAAAGCGCUAACCUCAACAAAACUAAGGAAACGCAUUGCUAUCUGUUCAUCCUAAACUUUCAAGCUUCAGAGCAUUUAUAACGUGGAAGUAAUCCAUGUGGUUUAAUCCCAGUUUUGUGAUGUGAAUGCUCUCUCACUUAAUCCACCCACUUAACAUUAUCCAACAAUUGCAAUAACUGUGAACUGGACUUUGCAUUGAUGCAGCACACUCAAUUAUACACAUUUUCUGGUUAAAAGGGAUUCUUUGCCUCAUAUGCCCUUUUCCUUGUUUGUUAUAUGUUGCUCUGCCCUGUUUUUGUGCUAAUGUUGAUCUCACUUAAUCAAUCUAUUAUUCAUAUUAUCCACCAAUGCAAUAACUCUGAACUGGACUUUGCAUCGCUGCAACGCACAAAAUUAUACAAAUUUGUCCUGGUUACCAAUGAUUAUUCACCUCAUAUGUGAUUUUGUGUUAUUACCAAAUAUAUGUUCAUUGUGCAAUACCAAAUAUAUGUUCAUUGAGGACAAA